AUAUAAAAAUCGCCAUGGGAGAAUGAAACAAGCGGGAAGCAAAAUCACUGUUCAAUAUCCACUGAACUCCGAAAUCUAAAGCGCCAUUAUCGGACCUGCGAAGCUUUCGUUACAGAAAUAGGAGUUGAUAGUUGAGACGCUGCUAGGAUUCUUUCCAUGCCGGACUCUUUCCCUUCUUACGUUGACAUUCAGAACGUUCUUGUUGACGGGGAGCAGUAUGAGGUUGAAGAUAGUGACGACGGGGAAGAGGAAGAGGAAGAUGACGAUGAAGAAACUGAUGAUGGUGAAGAGACAGUCGAAGGGCAUGCGGAAGAGAAUGCUGAUAAUGUAAUUGAGGCGCAAUCGCCCAGGGCUUCUCAAACGGGUCCUUCGAGAUCUGGUCAAGCUAGGGUUUCGUUUUGGGUCGAGGAAGAGGAAGACAAGCGGAGAAGGACCGACGGUGGAGAAGCGAGUUCUUCAAAUGGCGUUGGAAGUGUGGAGAUUUCACAAGGGAAUGAGUGGAAUCGGAAUGAAAUUGACGGAUUGUUUUGCCCUAUUUGCAUGGAGGCAUGGACCAAUUACGGUGACCAUCAUAUUUGCUGUCUUCCUUGUGGGCAUCUAUAUGGCAUGUCUUGUAUCAAUAGAUGGCUGCAACAACGUAGAAAGGCAGGGAAGUGUCCACAGUGCAAUAGGAAGUGUUCAAUGAAGGAUGUUAGGAAACUUUUUGCAUCACGAAUUGUUGCUGCUGAUGAAGAAUCUCAAAAGAGAAUUCAGUCACUUGAAGCUACUUGUGCCUCUCUUGAGACGAAGAAUGCCAAUUGGUGUAAAAAAGAAGUUGAAUGGAAAAAGAAAGAAACAGACUUGCAGUCAAAAGUUUAUGAACUUACCGAGAGGACAAAUUAUUUGGAGCAUUUAUUAGAAGAUACAAAGAGAAAACAUGAAGUAGCCCAUCUUGAUUGCAUCUUUGAGGGGAAAUCUGUAUCCGAUCAUAACUUUGGCUUAAGGUUUAGUGGACAGGUCUCUUCUUGCGGUUUUAUAUUAGAGAAAGAGCUGCUGGUGGAUGGUGCUCGUUCAAUUGAUGUAGAUUCCUCUAAUCAAGUUGUUUUGGUUGCAAGAAGGCAGCCUGGGUUUGGUGGAACACAUGUAAUUACUAAGAUAAGCUUAAUGUCUCCCUAUGAAAGGGAAGAUAUAAGAAUUCCUUUUUGUACUAAUGCUGUAAAGGACUUGCACAUUUCUCCGGCUGCCAGAAACCUUGUGCUUUAUUCUUCGUUAGGGAAGAAAUUAGCUGUUCUCAGUAUGGAGAGCAACAAUAUCAUCCUUGACUAUGAUUUACCAGAUGCUGCUUGGUCGUGUUCAUGGGAUCAGAAUAGUUCACACUAUGUUUAUGCUGGAUUAAAGAAUGGUUCGCUCAUGAUGUUUGAUAUGCGCCAAACUGUGGGUCCCUUGAAAACCUUGCAAGGCAUAACGAGCAAUCCAGUCCAUACAAUACAUUCUCUUUCAAAUAAUUUGACUCUUUCUAAUGAUGUAAAAUCUGUUCUGUCUGCUUCUGCAUAUGGCGUAUGCCAAUGGAACUUCGAUGCCUCAGAAGAAGGGCCAUUUUUAGUUCCAGAAACAAAUCAAGGAGUUUGUACAUCUCUGGCCUAUUGCUCGAGCCGAGACGAAAUUGUUGCUUCAUAUCGUCCCAAAGUUGGAAUGUCAAGUGAAAUACCUUAUUCUCAGAUUUCACCUUCUCCUUCCCACACUGCUGGGCAUAGAGUUGAUGGGUGCCACAUGGCAUUCAAGAAAGAAGAAAAUUUCCAAAAAUUUUCAAAGUUGGGUUCUGCACGUGCCAAUAUAGAUGCAAUACGCCUGCCGAAAUCUACUCUCAUAGACUUACAAGACUGCAGUAGUUUGUUUGUAUUCGGAGAUGCAGUAAUGAACGAAUUGAUCCUGCAGGAACUGCCUUCUUUUAGGUCUUUUCAGCAUCUUAAAGUACAUAAGCAUCCUGUUCGUGACGUUAAGUAUUCGUAUGGCUUCGGUAGAGGAUUGCUUAGCUGUUUAAGUGAUGAUACUCUGCAACUUUUAUGCACCAAUGGCUCAUGAAUCAGUUAUUAUUUUACUCGGACUUGUUCUAAGUUGAGACAUGUAACUAGGUAACUGAUAAAAGAGUUCGACAAUCAGGCGUUCAAGACGAAGACGAAGACGCGUUUAAUUCAUAAUUUGGGCUCUGCAACACUUCCAAAAGCACAAAAAUCAUUGAUCCAAA